CGGGACAAUCGGGCUGCCAUUGAUGAUAAUUUUUUGGCUUUCAUGGAUGUCCAGCUCCACCGUUGGGAGAACAGGUUGGGCACCUUAGCGGUGGUCGGCCAUUUGACUCCCGUUGAGCAUUACAUGCGCUGGUACCAUCAGAUCACACGCCGAUUGAUCGGCAACCCAGCUUUGCGUCCCCCUAGGGAUGUAGGAUAUUCAGCACUCGCGGGGCAGUACGAGGCAUUGCUGGUGGCCGUACAGCGUUUACGCAUCUUGGGGUUAGAGCAUAUGCCUUACCCUGGGCUUGCGGGGCUUGCCGCGGAGAUGGUUAGGAUUUCCGAGGAUGGUAUCCGCCAGGCAGGCGAGAUUAGGCGCAUGGCGGAGCCUGUUCCGGAGGCUGAGUAUCAGGCAGCACCGGGGGCUCCCAGAGGCGGAGGCCGUGCUGGCAGAGGACGCCGUGCUGCCGGAGGACGCCGUGCGCGUAUAGGACGCGGCGCUGCUGCCGGAGGACCUGGUGGUGGAGGACUGGUAGAUAAGGCGGAUGAGGCCGAUCCCAUUCCAGAGGGCGUUCACGGUCUAGUCCAUCCGCAGCCCUUCCAGGCCGGUGGCAGCUCACCUGGAGACUCACCUACGUUUACGCCGGCGCUCUUACUUGCUGAGAUACCCGGGUCUUCAUCACAGCCGAGCCAUAAUGCAUACAUAGAGGAGAGUGAUAAUGUUCCUGGUCGCAAUAUACUGUCAUUGACUUAG